AGCACGCGACAGGACAGGACGGGACAGAGCGGUGCCGUGAGGAGCGCUCGUUCGUGUCUGACCUGGAGCUUUCCCGAGGCGUUAUCCCUACAGGUGUCCUCGUGGCAAGACUGCGGGUCUUGGUGGCCUGUGGCCUUCCCGAGGCUUCUCUUUUGCAGGUGCCUCCGAGGCCAGACUCAGGGACUUGGUGACUCAGAGCUUUUCUGAGGCAUCUCCCAUCCUUCUGGCCUGCACAGUCGAGGCGAGACCCUGGCACUUAGUGACCAAAGCCAUUUAAGAGGUGUUUCCUGUCCUUGUGGCAGGAGCCCUUGAGACCAAAGUGCAGGACUUGCUGUCCUGUAAUCUUCCUGAGGCUUCUCUGCCUCAGGUGCCUUCAAGGCACAACUGAAGGACUUGCUGAUUCAGAAAUUUCACAAGGCAUCUCUCUUUAAGGUGACCUCAAGGCCAGACUCUGGAAUGGCAGGCAGAUUUCUCAGCCUAUUUAAAGUCUUCAGGGAGGAAAAAAACAAAGGCCCUGGAGCUGCCCCAGGAAAACGGCUUGAGGAGCCCAAGCAUUUCCAGCCAUUGCAGGAUGAUGCAUCCCUGGACCGGACACAAGAGAAGGAAGCCGCCCACGGCUGCUUCGGCAGAACCCUGAAGAUAUUCCCAAAGUUUAUGCGCAUUCAGCGCAGGAAGACCAGCACCCCAGCAGCUGAGGGCCCAGCUGAGCCUGACUCGGGGCUGACCCGGCUCCAGGCAGAGCCUGAUGUCGGCCUGGAUUUGGCUGAGUUCUCAGAAGACUCUGAGACCUCAGUGACUCAAAUCUGCGUGAAGGCUCUUGUCAUGUCAAUGACUGAAGAUGUGGCCAUCACAGACACUGACCAUGGAGAGACUCAGGGCAUUGCAAACACUGACACCAGCACAGAUUCGGCUCAGCGCUCAGAAGACUGCAAGGCUGUAAUGACUCCCAGAGAUGAAGGGGCAAAGGCUGAUGAGGCAGUGACUGAAGAUGUGGCCAUCACCACUGCCAACACCAGAGAGACUCAGGGAAUCCAAAAUUCUGACACCAGCACAGAUUUGGCUGAGUGCCCAGAAGACUCUGAGGCUGCGAUGAAUCCCAGAGAUCACGGGGCAAAGGAUGACGAGGCAGUGACUGAGGAUGUGGCCAUCACCACUGCCAACUCUGGAGAGACUCAAGAAAUCCCAAAUACUGACACCAUGCCCACUCCACCUGUGAUUUGUACUCCCACUAAGAAUGUUUUCCAGGAGAGUGCUGUUUGCACACGGGAACAGGUGCCAGCCAUGGUGAAGAACAUCCACCAGAGUCUCAUGUCCCACGUCACUGUGGAUGCCAGGCUGCAAAGUGACAUUGUGAGGCUGGCUGAGGAACACCCUGCAGACGUGGCGCUGACCCUCCUGCACUGUGCCCCAACGUGUGACAGAGCUGCUGCAAUGAUGUGGAGAGCCAUAGGCUCAUCACGACCAGCAAUGGAGAAGGUGCUGGCAACACUGCUCUGUGUGAUGGAGGAUUGGCCUGUGCACAGCACAUGCACCUCCGAUGGGGACAACAAGGACGUUUUUGCCCUGGCUGCAACUCUGGUGAUCUGGGUCAUUGUGCCUCAAUGCCACGAGGCCAUGAUCCUUUAUUCCUCCCGCCUGUUUGUGGCUCUGCUCUUCCACGUUGUCAUCACCACCCAGCAGAUGCCACCAGAGGAAGUUGAAAAGUUCUGGAGAGCGUGCCAGGAGGAACACCGCCUUCCCAGCAAGCCCAGCAGGUUUGCAGUGCAGGCCAUGAAGGCUCUGCUCUGCCGACUGGAGUGCGACAAUGAGGUGAUGGCUAUGGAGCGCAAGUGUGGCUGGGACACGCUGCUGUGUGCUCACACCCAGCACUAUGCCGUGGGUCUGCUGGCCAGGUCCUCGAGUGCCUGGACGUGA